AUGGUUACUAAACCAUUGGAAUCCAUCACUAAGGAAGUCACCAAGGAGCUUCUAAUUAAUAAGGUGAUCCCAACAAUAAAGGAAAAAUGGCCUGUCGACAGGGAUAAAAACAUUAUCAUUCAGCAAGACAAUGCAAAGCCUCACAUCAAUAACGAUGAUCCUGAGUUCAGACAAGCAGCAAACAGUGAUGGAUUCAACAUAAGUUUGGUCUUUCAACCACCAAACAGCCCUGACACAAAUGUAAAUGAUUUGGGAUGGUUCCGGGCAUUGCAAUCUUUACAAAUUACCAUACUAGGUACCACAGUGGAUGAUCUGCUUGAAGCAGUUCAUAAAUCAUUUCAAGAGCUCUCACACACCACUUUAGAUUCAGUUUUUCUAAGUUUGCAAGCAUAUCUUGGUGAAAUAAUAGCCAAUCUUGGCUCAAACAAUUACAAGAUCCCUCAUAUAGGGAAAAACUCUUUAAGGAGGUCAGGGGAUCUCCCAAAAGACCUACAAGUGGACCAUGAAAUGAUCAAGAUAUCUAUUGAUCAUUUGAUGGAUGCAAAUGAAGUCGAAGACUUGGAAGAAUUUAUAACCUCUCUUGAGGAACUUUAG